AUGGAUCCCUUCUUCCAGUACCAGGAGGACCCAGAGACCUGGGCAAGGGCUCGGCUUUUUGGUGCCCCAUCCUCCACGAUUCUCUCAUACUACUUGGGCCUAAAAGGUCCAUGCCUCAGCAUUGACACCGCCUGUUCCUCCUCCUUGGUUUCCAGCAAUCUUCUCUUCAACUAUUUGCGCAAGCAGCCGGAUCCCAGUAUCACGGAAGCCGUCUCGGCUGCGAUGAUCAACGCCUUGAAUCCUGGCACCUUCGUUGGAUUAUCCGGCGCUGGCAUGUUGGGCCGCACCGGGCGCUGCAAAUCUUUUGACAACUCGGCCAACGGCUAUGCGCGAGGGGAGGCGGUGGUUGCCUGUGUGUUUAAAAAAGGCCAGGGCGCAGAAGACGUGGAAAAUCGGGUGGCCAGCUUUGUCUCUGGAUUCGUGAAUCAGGAUGGUCGCAGCGCCUCCCUCACAGCUCCCAACGGCCCUUCACAGCAGUUGUGCAUCAGAUCAUCCCAUCGACUGGCGGGCAUCCUACCUCAAGAGAUUUGGUGCACGGAGAAUCACGGCACAGGCACAGCUUUGGGUGAUCCCAUUGAAGUGGGCUCCGUUCGAGCCUGCUUCUGGAAGGGUCGAGAGAUCCCGUUGCUGGUGACCACGGGGAAAUCUCACCAAGGCCAUUCAGAAGCGACAGCUGGCUUGAGCGGAAUCACCAAAACAGUCAACACCAUCAGGCAUAGCAGCGUCCCAUCACAGUGCCACUUGAAGUUCUUGAACGCUCAUAUUGAUGAUUCUGGCUUUGUGGCCCACUUUCCCAUUGAGUGCUGCGAGCUGAACGUGCUGGAGAAGGGGGUCAUUGGUGGCCUGAAUUCCUUCGGUUUCGGUGGCACCAACUCCCGCGGCGAAGUUUGGGCCAUGAGCCGCGCGGUCCAAAGUCGCAAGACCCAGGAGGCACUCGGGAGAAGCCGCACAGCGAGCAUUCAGAAGAUUGCAGCGGUGACAUUGCCAUGUGCGAGCUGCGGCCUACCAAUGUGUUUCCGCUGUGGGCAUGCCAUGUCUGAAGCUGUGAAGAAUCAUCACUGUGCAGAUAUUCGCGAGGAAGUUGGCACUUACGAGUACUGCAGCAACUGCUAUGCGGGCACUUUGGUGCCUAUCAUCACCGUGGCAUCGACUCAUGAUUUGCUGGAAGCCGCGGAUGGAUCUCAGAUUUGCUUCCACGGCUAUUGCUGGUCCUCCCCCAAAGCCCAGCUUAAGCACUGCGGUUGUGAAGAGUCCAGUUACUCCACCGAAAGCCCUGAAUCCCAAAAUCGUCGUCGUAGCCUAGUGAACCAGGUCAUUAAGUUGAAUCGGUUCUUGGUUGACGAAGAGGGGAUUCCACCUGAGCAGUGUGUCCGUUUGACCAUCACGAAACAGCAACAGGAAAAGAACCUUUCUUCCAUUCAAGAGGGUUUGAGAAAUGGUCCCAAGAAACCUGGAAUGCCUGCCCCAAAAGCUGAAGCUAAGGCCGCAUCAUCAAAUAAUGCAGUCACUGGAAUGGUUGCUUUGGUUGGUGCAACGGUGCUUGGAGCAGCCGCCAGCUGCCCUGCACCCCAGGUCCAGGAUGUUUUCAGCGUGGAGUGGGCUCUUGACAGCGGUGCCGGAGAGCACCUUGCUUCUAAGGAAGCUUUGACCUCCCAAGGAGUUCCUCUGGAUUUGAUUGAAGAGUUUGAGACAAUCUCAUCAAGCCCUCUUACGUUUAGCACCGGGGGGGGUUUGAAGAACGCUUCGGUCACCAUCCAAACACAGGGUGAAACGUUUGGGGAUGGGCUAGUUUACAUGCUCAAGAAAUGCCCUUUCGUGAAGUCACUGGGUAAACUCGUGCAGAUGGGUUUUUCAUUUGUAUGGGGACCGGACUAUGAGCCGACAUUAGUACCUAGUGGUUCCGGAUUCAAUGCAACUUUUGACAGUUCGAAAUGUGUUGUUGCGGAUCGUGUUGAGCACCAUGUUCCUGUUUUCAAAGAAGAUGUUUCCUUUGCUUUUGGAAUGCCAGCUGGUGUGCCUGCAUCCGAUGCGGACCCAGCACCAGAACUAGUUCCGGUUGUUGAUGUGCCUGCAUUCGAUGCGGACUCAGCGCCGGUACCAGUCAUUGAUGUUGAUGCUAUUGAUGAAACACACCACAUUGAAUCCAGUUCAGAUGUCCCACAAGAUUUGGCCGAUUUUGUGGUUCAUACCCCUGCUGAAAUGUUGGAAGAUCCAGUAAUUGAGACACCCCAUGAACUCAUGCUUGAAUUUCAUCGAAACUAUGAUCAAAAUCAUCCUGAAGAAGCUUCGCAUGAUCAUCCACAGCCAAGUCCUGAUGAUGAACAUGUUGACCUGGAACCCAAGGAGUCCAAGAUUCCACCAAAGCAUGGUUUUGUUCCUUUUGACCACCUGUUGUGUCACAAUCCUGCUUCCAAGCAUUGUGAUGUUUGUAGGCAAUCGAAGUUGCGAACCAGACCCCACAAACGAUUUCAGAAUCAAUCUGAAGCAGCUAGACAUGCUCAAGUUGUUGACGCUCCAAAGGCUUUCUUAGAACGGAUUUGUAUUGACCAUCUUGAAUCGACUGAAUUGGGCUCGAAGGGAGAGCAGUAUGCACUUGUUUGUGUUGACAGUUUUCCGGGGCUGCACAUGUGUAUCCAGAUCGCUCGAAAACCCAGGUUGCGGUUGAGAAAGCCCUAA